UCGUGAUGCGUUCAGUGUGUGUGUAAUUCCCAUCACUAGGACACAACCAGCGUCAUUCCCACUACUAUUCAUCUGACAGAUAUCCAACUUGAAAAUUUCACUUCUUUCAUAACAACAAGGCAGUACCGUAGAAGUUGUCAGGCAUACAUGCGGAAAAAUGUUUCGGAUUUCGGCGCCCGUCUUGGCCCGCACUGGAAAUAAUUCGGCCUUUGUUUCGCGACUGAAAAGCAGUCAAAAUACUGUCAAGCACUGCAAGCAGGACUACAUUGACAAGGGCAGCCACGUGGUGCGGUCGCCCUAUACGGACGUCCCGCUGCCCCAACUCAACGUCGGCGAAUAUAUCUGGAGAAACUCGGACCGAUGGAAACACUGGCCAGCGCUUACAUGUUCAGCGACGGGACGCAGUUUUACUUUUGGCGAAGCGAGGGCAGCUUGUGAGCGUCUCAGCAUCUCUCUUCCAGCCACCCUGGGCCUGAAGCAGGGCGACGUUGUGGGCGUCGUUUUGCCCAACAUGCCCGAAUAUGCCAUCACCUUCCUAGGAGCAACUUCUGCAGGACUCAUCGUUUCGCCUGCCAAUCCACUCUACACAGAAGAGGAGUUAGCGCGACAGUUUGAGAACGCCGGCGUCAAAGCUGUGGUGACCAACCCCGAACUUGCCCCCAAAGUGCAGCAAGCCCUGUCACAGGUGCCGGGUGGCGGCGGCCCACUGGUGCUAACCACCGGUGGUCCCGAGGGCAACGACCUCUUCAGCCUGGACGAGUUGAUGAAUCGCGAGUUCAGCCGACGAACGCCGCGGCCCGCCCGACCCGACCCUGACUCGGUCGUCGCGCUGCCCUACUCGAGUGGAACGACAGGUCUUCCCAAGGGGGUGGUCAUUCUGCACCGGAACAUGGUCGCUAAUUUGUGCCAACUUGAACACCCCAAUGUGCUGAGCUUCCCCAAACAAGGCGCUCCUCAAGAUGUGGCUGUUGGUGUCUUGCCUCUUUUCCAUAUUUACGGUCUCAAUGGGCUACUUAACGUGGGCCUCAGCGUCGGUCGUCACACAAUAACUGUGCCUAAAUUUGAGCCGAAACCUUUCGCAUCAAUAUUCUCAACCUACAAACCCACUGUAUUGGCUUUGGUGCCUCCACUGGUCAUGUUCCUGACCCAGUCCGACCUGGUUACGAGCACCGACCUGUCCCGCGUCCGUUUCAUUAGCUGCGGGGCCGCCCCGGCAACAAAAUCGCUAAUUGAACAAUUCAUGGAAAAAGCCCAGUGCUCUGAACUCGAUUUUCGCGAAGGUUACGGAUUGACUGAAACUUCGUGCGCCGCCUGUUUUGUCCCCAGUUGGUCAGGGCUGGACAAAAUCGGCUCUUGCGGGGUGCCGCUGCCCUUGACCGAAAUCAAGGUGGUGGACGAGCAAGGUCAAGCUCUGCCCUUGGGUCAGACGGGCGAGCUGUGGUUGCGAGGGCCGCAGGUCAUGCAGGGCUACUGGCGCAACGAAAAGGCCACCAAGGAGACGCUCACUUCUGACGGGUGGCUUAUGACGGGGGACAUUUGCUACUUGGACGACGAGGGCUAUGUCUUCAUUGUGGACAGACUGAAAGAACUGAUCAAAGUUAAAGGGUUGCAGGUUUCUCCGACGGAACUGGAGGGCGUCCUGCGUAAGAUGGAUGGCGUUUCCGACGUGGCAGUAAUCGGCGUUCCGGACGCACGCUCUGGAGAAGUGCCAAAAGCAUUUGUGGUGAGGAAACCGGGCAGCAACAUCGCCGAGAACGAUGUCACAGCGUUUGUCGAGGGCCACGUCGCCGAGUUCAAGAAACUUGCGGGCGGCGUCAAAUUCGUUGACGAAAUCCCCAAGAACGCUGCUGGCAAAAUUCUGCGCAAAAACUUAAAAAACCUGUGAAAAAAGACUGCAUGCUUAUUGUAUAAUAUAAUUAUUUUACUUAAUAAUGUUAAGGAUUUUUAAAAGAUUAAUAACAAAAAAUAUUAAUUUUCCAGAUAACAAAUUGCAUUUUAUUU